AUGGAAUCUGAAAAUGGCGUUGCUGUGGAGGAAGAGAAACGUGUUAUUGGGGUAACAACAAAGGAGAAUGUAAAGGAAGAAGUUUCAAACGAUGUUGCAGAAAUUCAAAGCAAGAAUGAGGUAUCUAAACCCACAGUAGAGGCUGAAGGCCCCAUUUCUGCUGGUGAAACUGUUGCAAUUGAAGCAUCAAAGACUACUUCAGCAAGUAAAAAUUCCAAAAGUUGUAAGGGAGGCGGUGGUAAAGCAAUUGUCGCUGCCAAGAACAAUAAAUCUGCCAAAGAGAAACCAAUUUUGAAGGGUCUUACUUCAAUGUCUGAAAAACAGAAACCAACCCUUUCUCAAAGCCUUUCUUUCCCAGCCAAAUCAGUUGGUGAAGAUGCUUUGCAGAAAAGCAUUGAUGGGUAUCUUGUGAAGACAAAAGCUAAACAUUUUCAAGUGAACUCACAGGCAAAAACCAACACUUGCAUGCCUGGUUUGAAACGCUCUGUGUUUGGAAGGUCUACUCCAGUUACUGCAACCACCAAGAACAUUACUUCUGAGCCAUCGGCACCCGUUGAUCAGAUGUCAAACCCAGCGAAAACUGCAAAACCAAAUAAGGAGGAUGAAGAUUCUCAUUCCACAACUUCAAGUGCUACUCCUCGUCAGAGAAACAAUGGUUCUGGAUUUUCCUUCAGAUUGGAAGAAAGAGCUGAAAAGCGGAAGGAGUUUUUCUCAAAGUUGGAGGAAAAAAUUCUAGCCAAGGAAGCAGAGAAAACUAACCAACAAGCGAAAUCAAAAGAAAACCAAGAGGCAGAGAUUAAGCUGUUGAGGAAAAGCAUGACAUUCAAAGCCACUCCAAUGCCUAGUUUCUAUAAGGAACCACCACCAAAAGUGGAGCUGAAGAAGAUACCAACAACCCGUGCAAUAUCCCCAAAGCUUGGAAGGCACAAAGGAUCUGCUAUGAACAACAAUUCAGGAGAGGAUAAGUCUUGCUCAAGUCCACAUGGGAAACAACAACAGAAUGACUCAACCAAGGCAAAGGGUCAUAAAGAUGUGAUUUCAAAGAAACCAAUCAGAAAAAGCCAAGCCAAGCUGAAGUCUCAGGAAAAUGUAAUCACAGGAAGCAAAGAAGAAUGCGAAGAUUCUCAUGUUGAAAAUUCUGAAUGCAAAAAUGAGAUGGAAUUACAAUCUGAGACAGGUCAUCCUAUUCCUCCAAAUAGUUCAUUGCUCCUAAAUUCAACUACACCUGAGCUUGUAUCAUAUGAGGUUACUGUUGGAGUGUAG